AAUGGAAUUAUGAAUAACCCGAAGGAGGGGCCCUAUCUCCCUUAGGUUCAGUCUUUCUCUGCGACUUUUGGCAUAUCUUAUUUUCAUUCAUCGUCUGCCAUUGCCCAUGUAAGACAUUACGGUAUAUAUAGCAUCCUCAGGAGCUUCCGGUGACUAGGAUCUGCUAUUCAUCUCUCUGUGUGCUGAUCUGCUCUUUUGUGCCAUCGGUGGGUCUCUUUUGGGGAUUGAAUAAUUUUCACCAUCAUUGUCUGCUUAUAUCCCAGCUCAUGUAAGAUAAAACUCAUCAUUUGCCGUGUAUCGAUUAUAUUUAUUCCCUGUUUGUUUGUAAGAAAACAAAUAAAUCCGAGCACAAAAGGGAGAUAUGCAGAAGAGUGCGAGUCUUUCCAGGCAUAGCAAUAGUGUUAAUACGCCAUCGUCUUUGAGACUGAUUACUCCUCCUCAGUCUCUGAGGCGCUUGGGUUUGUGUUCCCAAAUAGCCACGGGGGGCCAGCAUUCCUCCCCCAUUGUCUUCCAGAAACGUAACAAGGCCAAGGCUUCUACACGCCGUAGCAGCGAGGUCAGUGCCGGUGGCACUGCCCCAGCAGCUCCUGCUGAUGACCCGGACAAAGCCAAGACCUUCGAGCACAGGAUUGACAUUGGAGGACCCGCAGCUGCAGGAGGAGAUGAGAAGUCUGAUUUGUUGGGAUGUGCGGUCUUCUCCGGAAAGCUAAUUUGGGAUAAGAGGAAGACCUCUUCUGAGAAUACUACUCAUGCACAGCAAACCUCUACCACUGAUAUUACCAGCCAGGAAGCCGUCGAUGCCAAGCUAACCAGCAGGGCUUUAGUUUGGAGUUCUCACAUGCUGAAUCUUGAUGACGUCGUAUCUGUUUCCUACAAUGUUGGUCUCAGACAUUUUACUGUGCAUUCAUAUCCAUUAAAGAAGGGUUCGCGUUGCCUCUCUUGUCUUAUCAAACCACAAAGAAGUCGCAAGGAUUUUCGCUUCUUUGCUCCUACCAUGGAAGAAGCAGUUGGAUGGGUUGCUGGGUUUGCAGAUCAGCAGUGUUUUGUAAAUUGUUUGCCUCACCCUUUGGUUUCUUCAAAGAAGCAGGCUUCUUCAGAAUUACUUCCGCCCGAUACUCCUCCCGAAUUACUCUUCAAAUGUAAGAAUCCGCCAAAAAUGCUUGUGAUAUUAAACCCACGCUCUGGACGUGGUCGUUCUAGUAAAGUUUUCCAUGGCAUCGUGGAACCAAUAUUUAAGCUUGCAGGGUUUAAAUUGGAGGUCAUAAAAACCACAUCUGCCGGCCAUGCUAGAAAACUUGCAUCCAGUGUUGAUAUCAACACUUGUCCUGAUGGUAUCAUAUGUGUUGGAGGUGAUGGUAUAAUUAAUGAGGUUCUAAAUGGUCUACUUACUAGGGACAACCAGAAAGAGGGAAUUUCUAUACCCAUUGGAAUUAUACCUGCUGGUUCUGAUAAUUCAUUAGUUUGGACUGUUCUUGGAGUCAGAGAUCCUGUUUCUGCUGCAAUGGCUAUUGUGAAGGGAGGUCUUACAGCUACAGAUGUUUUUGCCAUUGAGUGGAUUCAGAGAGGUGUUAUUCACUUCGGGAUGACAGUCUCAUAUUUUGGUUUUGUCAGUGAUGUAUUAGAACUUUCUGAGAAAUAUCAGAAGCGCUUUGGUCCUCUGCGAUAUUUUGUUGCUGGGUUUCUCAAGUUUUUAUGCUUGCCAAAGUACAACUAUGAAGUGGAAUAUCUUCCAGCAUCCAAAGAGGAUCGUGAGGGAAACUUCACAACCGAGCAGGAAGUAGUUGACAUAUCAGAACUGUACACAGACAUUAUGAGGAGAUCAAGCAAAGAUGGCAUUCCCAGAGCCUCUAGUCUAUCUAGCAUUGACUCGAUAAUGACCCCUAGUCGAAUGUCUGGCGGAGACUUGGAUACUACAUGUAGUAGCACUCAUGCUAGCACUGAACCAUCUGAGUAUGUACGUGGCCUGGAUCCAAAAGCAAAACGCCUGUCAUCUGGGAGGAGCAACGUAACAGCAGAGACAGAAGUUAUUCAUCCUCAGCUACCCCUAUCAACCACUCCAAACUGGCCGAGGACCAGGUCGAAGUCGAGGGCUGAUAAAGGAUGGACUGGAUUGACUGCCACAAAUGAUACCUCUAGAUGUUCUUGGACGAAUGCUGCAACCAAUGAUAAGGAGGAUAUUUCGUCUACACUAUCUGAUCCAGGCCCAAUAUGGGACAGUGAACCAAAGUGGGAUAGUGAGCCUAAUUGGGAUGUAGAAAAGCCAAUUGAAUUGCCGGGGCCAUCUGACGAUGUAGAAACAGGAAUGAGGAGGGAAGUCAUGCCUCGAUGUGAAGAUAAGUGGGUUGUCACAAAAGGACAAUAUCUUGGCAUUCUGGUUUGCAACCAUGCAUGCAGAACUGUUCAGAAUUCUCAGGUGGUGGCACCAAGAUCUGAGCACGAUGACAACACCAUGGAUUUGCUCUUGGUUCAUGGAAGUGGGCGGUUGAGACUUUUGAGAUUUUUCAUACUGCUGCAGUUGGGUCGACACCUUUCACUGCCCUAUGUUGAAUAUGUAAAGGUAAAGUCAGUGAAGAUUAAGCCUGGAAAGCACACUCACAAUGGCUGCGGCAUUGAUGGUGAGCUUUUUCCACUCAAUGAACAAGUAAUCUCUUCUUUGCUUCCAGAACAGUGCAGACUUAUUGGUCGCUUCAGAAGCCACCAUGUAUAAUAAGCCAUGUGCUCUCGUUUUGGAUUCUUUGAUGGGUUGGACAUUAUUGGUUUGUUAAUUGUGGUUGUGGAAUAUAGUGAAAACACUCAUAUACCAAAUUGGAGUACCUUAUGCUGUAUUUUCUUUUCGGCUCCCUCACGUGAACAGCAUGUCCCUGUAUAUUUUUUUUUUUUUCUCGGGUUGUGGUUGUUCAUUUGUUUCUUUC